AUGUUAGACUUAUUUGCAAUUGCUACGAAAGGAGGCAUAGUCCUUUGGAAAACAUCAGAUUCUGCUGCUUGCCAGAAAUGUUUACAAGUAUUAUUUUAUGAGGCCUUUUUAAGCGAACGAAAAAACAUGGAGACUUCAUUCCAUCAAGAUCGUUUUACAAUACAAUUCCAAGAGUCAAUCCAAAACAGCAUUGUCUUCGUGGUCGCUUUCCAAGAUGCAAAAGCCGAAGCUUUUACGCAAAACUUGCUGAAUAGUAUGCAUAACAUCUUCAUUAAUGUAUAUCAAGAACAGUUGAAAAACAAAGAACUCCCUUCAGAGAGCGAUAUCAUAAAGGAUUUCGUGCCGUUAUACAACGCUAAAUUGGCUCAAUUAAGCAAGGUUUCCGACAAGGAGAAUAAAAGUUUACAAGAGACGAAUUUUCAAGGAAGAAACAAGGCUUCUACACGUGAACAGCCUCGACAAAAGUCGCACACCUCAAAACAAGUUCCACCCACUAGCAAAAAAGGAAAGAAGGAGCUUCGAAGAUGGGAUGAUCGAUUGACAAAUGAAGAAGAAGAAGCUUUGAAUUACUCUGGAAACAAUCCAAACGGAACUUCUACGUCCUCGCAACUGUCAAACGCUAUUGGUGAUACAAACUUCCAGAAAACUAAGAAGGGAGAGGUCGUUAUUGGCGAUUUAGAAGCCGAUCCAGAUCAAAACUCUACUACCACCUCAUCAUCCGCCUUUUCAUUUUUUUCUGGACUGAUUGGGGGUAAGUACUUAAAAGAGGACGACUUGGAUCCUGUGCUCAAAAAAGUACAAGAGCACCUUAUCCAAAAAAAUGUUGCCAACUCAAUUAGUCUUGAACUUUGUGAAUCAGUUAAAAAGUCCUUGAUUGGCAAAAAACUGGGCUCUUUUGAAUCAGUCAAGCAAACGGUAAAUGAUGCCUUCCGCGAAACAUUGACACAAAUCCUUACUCCAAGCACGUCUCUAGAUCUUUUGCAUAGUAUCCGCGCCGUUCAAAAAAAUGAAGAUAGACCUUACACCAUAUCUUUAAUUGGUGUUAAUGGCGUGGGCAAAUCUACUACACUGGCAAAGCUUGCUUACUGGCUAUUAUCAAACAACUUUCGGAUUCUGGUCGCAGCUUGCGAUACUUUUCGUUCUGGAGCUAUAGAACAGCUAGGAGUACAUGUGAAAAACCUUCAAUCCCUGAAUGGAAGCUCUAUCGAGUUAUUUGCUCAGGGUUAUGGAAAAGAUUCUAGCUUUGUCGUAAAAAAUGCCGUUGAUUAUGCUAAAAAGAACAACUUUGAUGUGAUUCUAAUUGAUACUGCUGGCCGGAGACAUAAUGACCAAAGACUAAUGGGUUCUUUAGAAAAGUUUACCAAAGCUACUAAGCUCGACAAAAUCUUUCAAGUAGCUGAAGCAUUAGUCGGUACUGACUCUUUAGCACAGGCCAAACAUUUCCAAGCAUCGUUAUAUCACCGUCCCCUUGAUGGAUUCAUUAUUUCAAAAGUUGAUACAGUUGGAAAAAUGGUGGGCGUCAUGGUCGGUAUGGUGUAUAGUGUGCGAGUUCCUAUAGUUUUUGUUGGCGUAGGCCAAAUGUACAGUGAUCUCCGUACUUUAUCUGUUGACUGGGUGGUGGAUCAGCUUAUGAAGUAG